GGCUCCUCCUGUCCGGCUCCUCCUGAGCAGCGUCCCGAGGAGACCAGCAGCAGAAACCCGACCUGAUUGCGAUAUGAACGGAUCUCAGCUCACGGAGCUCCCGGACGACUCAGAGCAGCUGAGGCCGCAUGUGGUGAGCCUAAGGCGGGCAGCCCUGCAGGCCGACGAUCUGUCCUCUGUGAGAACGUUCUCCGACAGCUUCCUUAUCAGAUUUCUCCGCGCCAGAGACUUCGACCAGACGCUUUCUCUGAAGCUCUUGCUGAACUACCUGCACUGGAGGAGGGAGAGUCCUGAGAUCAGCACCUGCCUGUCUCCUUUAUCUGUGUUUGGUCUCCUCAAGACAUCAUACCAUGCUGUUCUCCCACAGCGGGACCAGGCUGGCAGCAGGGUGCUCAUCUACAGGAUUGGGCAAUGGAACCCAAAAGAUUGGUCGGCCUUCCAGGUGUUCAGGGUCAGCCUGAUGACAUCAGAAAUCAUCUCCAGGGAGACAGAGACACAGAGACGAGGUUUGAAGGCAAUAUUUGACCUGAAGGGGUGGAGUUUGGGCCAUGCCCUGCAGAUUAACCCUUCCCUCGCCAGAAAGAUAUCCUCUGUGCUUUCGGACUCUUUUCCACUAAAAGUGAGAGGAAUUCAUUUGGUUAAUGAGCCGAUAUUCUUCCGUCCAGUCUUCACUAUGAUCCGUCCCUUUCUGCCAGAUAAGAUCAAGCAGAGGGUUCAUAUGCAUGGUACAGACUUUCACCGUACCUUAAGUGACUUCUUCUCACCAGAUGUUCUCCCUCCAGAGUAUGGAGGAGAGGAUUUGGGAAUAGAAGAAGUCUGUCAGGCUUGGACCCAGGAACUGUUUCAAUCUGAGAACCUCUUGAAACAGAUUGCUUCCCACCCAACAGGAGACAUCUCCACAAAAACUGGAGAUGCUUUGAUCUCAGAGGAAAAUGAGACAAUGACACUCACCGAUGGCUGAUGUAUAAGUUGUUGGCUGGAUGACAUCAUGACUAAAGUCAGAGCUGCUUUAUACCUUUGAGGACCAAAUCAUCUGAGUGAUGGUGUGUUGUUAGUGAAGUUUACUUCUGAAUUAACUUUCUGUCUUGUUACAUUUUUAGCUCAAAUUCUGAUCAGUAGGAUGAAGUUGCAAUAAAAUUACUCUAAUAAACAUCAAUCAGAAGAUGUUGUCAGAAUUAUGUCUGGACAGGCUGGGAUUAAUCUGAAGUCCAGAAAGUAAAGCUACUAUUUCUAUUCUCAUUUGAUGCACUAAUAAAGUAUUUAGGUUUUACACUUGGUUGGCUUUGAACCAGACAGUUAUGGAAGCCUCAAAUGCUGAACACUGUCCAGUCUGUCAUACCUGGAGGGAGCUUGGUAGUGGUGUACAGUUUGCCUCAAUCUUCAAAGUUAAUAACAAUUGAUUUCUAUCCAAGUCACUUUCUAAUGCAAAUGCGACAUUGUUACAACCCUCCCAGACCAAUAAGGGUAAAAUCCGGCGCUGGUUGUAACACAAAAAACAAACAGUUGUCUGUAGCAAAAUGUGGAUAAUUUAUUUACAGUGCAGGUAAGUCAACUAAAACAAAGAACAGAACACAGGGAAGUAUUUAUCUUCAGGGUCUCCAAGGCCAAAAUAACAAACAAAACACCCCCCCUCUGUCUAGCUAAGAAAUUAAAAAGAACUUUCUAAUGAUAAAUAGAAGAAAAGAAAGUACAAAACCUGAACUCCCUGGCUAGCCAUCAAAACAGGAGAAAAAUGGUUGAACACAAAUGGCAGAGAACCCCUACCAGCUUCCACUGUGAGAAAAAAAACAACAGGUUUUGGUUAACACACUUCAAAGGCUCACAGCCAAAAUCACUCAGUCAGUCACAGUGUCAGAUCAGGUCAAGGCCCAAACAAGAAGGGAUCCAACACUGGUUGUAUGAAGCUCUUUAUGGGGUGGCUGAUGAGCUCCAACACAUUUCACCUGUGCAUCUGAAACACAGAGAGAGAGGACUCUCUCAUGAAGAGAGCCCCUAGAGGUCAGUGACCGUAACAGACAUGUUAAAAGAACAGAAAAUAUUGUGUUAAAAUGUUAAAAGAACAGAAUGUCAUUUUGUUCUUGAAAAUCUAGGGAAGAGAACAAACUGCCCUGUUUUUGAAUUGCAUGUAUUGGCCCUGCUCUCAUAUGCUGUUAGCUAGAACUUCUAAAAAAAAUAAAAAACCUUCCUCAGAUGUUAACGGACAGAAUCGGUCCACCAAAUUUAAGAUUUUAACUGUUUUUAACUUUCAGUCCGAGCUAUCAAUAUGAGUCUGUGAUAUGAAGGUGUGAGUUUUAAGCUUGGCACCCUGUUAUCUAAAUUUAAAACUUAUUUUCAAAUAAGAUUGGAAGUUGUUGUCCAGCAGAGUUGGCUAACAAAGACUGUGUUUACUAGGAAGCCUCCAGCACUUUUAAACUAUUUUUGUUGUAUAAGUGAUGAUGAUAAGUUUAAAAUGGAAAUAAGACAUUUUAUUUAUAACUGUUGUGAGCCUGUUGUGACUGGGUAACUAUCAACCACUAAUAAUGUUAGUGGUUGACGGCUUUCAACAGUAUCUGUUUUGAGUAGCUGUUCAUUUGUUCACAGAAAGCACAAAUGAAAAAACAAAACAAAAAAUAUUACAAUAUUUACCAAUAAUAUUGUCUAUAUUAUAUGUUUUAUGAUUCAUCCCUAAAAGUGACUCUUUAAAACACAAUUUGAGAUUAUAGAAAAUAAUCUCAAAUACUGCUGUGUAAGUUUUCUUAGUCUUAGAACUCCAUAGAAAUAGAUUAAUACUCAAGAAAAGUCUGGACUACUAUUUCAUAUUUGUUACACAUUCUUCAAGCUUGGUUUCUGAUUUGUGAAUAUCUUACAAUAGUUGAGGGAAAGUUUUCUUUCUUUUUCCCUAGGAUGUUUAAUGUUUUAAUCAAGGACUUGAUUUAUCAUCACACACUGAAUACUAAUAGAAAAUGAAGGCGUUGAAAGAGUUAGGCAAAGUAAGUAAAACGUUACCUACUGAUAAUGUCUCAAAAGAACCAAGUUCAUUCAUUCUAAUGUGGGUUCUACUGGCUGAGAUCCUCCACAUUUUUUGGACCAAUCUCUAAAAACAGAGACCUGCUCAGUCCUUUACUACAGCCAAACUUUAAAGGCAGAAGUCAUAACAUUAUAACUGUUCCACUCAUAUAAUCAAACUUGUUCCUACUGCUUCUAGAAUAUUUUAAUAAUGUGUUCAUUUGAAUUCAAUUACAUUCCAUAUCUACAAUUUUAACAACUUUUCCAAAAAAACUGUCUCUAUCUUUCAUACUUAUGAAUAUAUUUUGGACUAAUAUCAGUCUUGUAGAAAUGACUAACAUAGAUGUUGAUGUAAUAAUGUUAGGGAGUUGUGAAAUAUGCAGUAUUUCUGCAACAGUUUCUGUGAAUACAAUGUAUUUUGAUUAUUAUUAUUGCUUUCAAGAAAUAGAAUUUAUUGAUAAUUAUUUUUGAAAUGCUAAAUUAUGAUUUUUGUUGAGAGUAAUUUAACCUAUGAAGUAUGAUUUAAAAAUGUCAGUAUAUUUUUCAUAUGCGAAACUCACACAAAACAAGUCUGUGCAAUAAUUGGAUUGCAGGUGAUAAUAAAAUGACCUUAAACAUUCAUAUAUCUGAUUAUUUGUGUUUUCUUGAAUGUAGUUAUGUUUAGUUUUACUUCAUAGCCUGAAAGUUUUAAGCCGUCACUAAACAUAUGGUGUUAUAUUGGAUUCCAUAGAUACUUGUUGUUUCUCUGCUUGCCAGACAAUAUCAAAGCAACAUUGCACUAAUAGACAUUUAUAACUUUCCUUAGGUAAAUAAUGUAAUGUAGUGCAAUAAUCAAAUUGAACUUUUCUGACAAAGUUCUCACAAGUACCAAACAAAACUCACAUUUCCUUCCUCCCUAUAUAAGAGUUGUCUCAGGCUGCAAAUCAGCACUGUCUUGAUUUGGUACUUUUUUAUAAAGUUAUAAUUAAAAGGUUUGUGCUUCAUAAAACCCCGGCUUAAAUGUUACAACAUGACAAAUAAAGUCUAUUGAAUAUAUAUAUUUAUAUAUACACCUUCAUUUAUUUUGAAAAGGGGAAACUAAAGUCAAAACUUGGUUAUCCCUCCAUCUGACACUACAUAAAAUGAGUGCUAAUACCAAACAUAAAGUUUUUCACAUGUAAAGAUAGGUCUGUUCACAAAACUGUAGGUUAAAGUUUCAACUUCAAGUAGAACAAUAGCCCUGAAAGAACAGAAAAAGCAACAACUAAAUUCUAUAUUAAUUUUUAAGGAUGGACUAGUCAAAGUCUAGACAUGAAUCUACAUGAGAAUCUGUGGCAAGUCUUGAAUACUGACACUGACAGUCUGACUGAGUUUCUCCUACUUUGCUAAGAAGAAACAUCAGUCUCCAGAAAUUCAAAGCUGGUAAUGUCGCUACAUACCCAAAAAAAAUUUCCAGCUGAAAUCAAAUUAAACCAAAUUAUAUGAAUAACCCAAAGAAAAUUUUAAUAUUGUAACUCAAACUAUUCAAAUUGUGUCUAUUAGUCAUUGUUGAUAGUGACAAGCACACGCUUGUACAACUUUUAUUGUCUUAUUGCAUAUCUGUGUUUUAUUCCCUGUACUAAUAAUCUGUAUUGUGAACAGCUUACAACACAUGCACAUUAUGUAGAUUUAAAAAGUCAUUGUCCUCAGUUGCAGAUCUCCUUGAUUGUGAGUACAGCACUUUAAUUUCUAAUAACUGGACAGUAAUUUUUGUCAUAAUCUUGUAGAGAAUUUUGUGAUCAUUGUUAUUAGUCUUGUUUUUCACAUUCUAACACUUUUUGGUCUUUUGUGUGAACUCAGGUGUCAUAAUGCUGCUGCUACUAUCAUUUUCACAAAGUUCUGAAAUCCAUAACUACAAUUGACAGCUGCACUUUUGAAUGUGCUGUAUUUGUUAUUUUCUCUAAAUUGCAUGUUUUCAGAAAGUGAUUUGAAUGCAUUCUGACAUGUUCUGCCACAUCCUGAGAUGAGUUGACUGGCUGUAUCAAACAGGACAAUAUGAUGUCUGUCAAUUGAUAAUAAAGUGUGCUGGGUG